AUGACCAUCAACCCAAGCCUAAUACCCCUUACACCACGCCAACUCUCCGCGGCAUCCCACGCAGUCCUGGCCCACCAAUCCCAAGCCCAAGACCUCCACAAAAAGCGGCCCUUCGCAGCAAUCCUCCUAGCCCCGGAUAACGAAACGAUUCUAUUAUCCUCCAACUCCCUCUCGCAUGUCCGGCAUGCCGAGAGCGAGCUCGCCCGCAAUGCUGCAGAUAACUAUGACUGGGCCUACUUAGCGCGAUGCACGCUAGUGUCGACCUGGGAGCCUUGUGCGAUGUGCGCCGGAGCCAUCUACUGGGCGCAUAUCGGCCGACUGGUGUAUCUUGCGUCGGAGGAGACGUUGCAGGAGGUUAUCGGUGUCGGGAAUCCGGAGAAUUUAACUUUGAAUCUGCCUUGUCGGCGAGUUUUUGAGACGGGGCAGAGCGGAGUAGAGGUCAUUGGGCCAUUGGUUGAGGAGGGAUGGGAGAGGAAGGUUGUGGAGGAUAGCAGGCGGUAUUGGGGAAGGAAUUAG